AUGGACAUUGGCAUGCAAUGGGUUGAUUCUGGGAGUCCCAAAGGAUCAGAAUCCAGCGAUGCAUCAGCUGCAUCCACAGAAUCAGCGGCCAAUUUGGCCUUGACCUCAAAUGCAGACACAAAAGUUAGAGAUUACAACCCAGAGCCAUCAGUAGCUCCAGAUCCAACGCAAUCCACCGACCAAUUUCUACCUGGCAGCAUCCCAGCAACAAGCAUGGAUACCGAGUUAACCAUUACUGGGUUGACAUAUAUUCCAAGCGAUACUUCAAGUUCAACUUCCGAGACCUGGAAUCCAUCAACCAGCACAGGGAAUUCAACAACCUUCUCACAACUAUUCUCAACCACAUCAACUACAACCAGCCCGAUACCAACCUCAACUGCAUCCCAAGUGACAACAACCUCCACAACCACAACCGCAACCCACGACCCAACAAGCGACACCAGCGAUCCAGGCACCUUCUCAGGCGGCCCAUCAAACAAAACCAAAAUCGCCAUCGCGGUCCCAGUCUCAAUAAUCGGCCUCGCGCUCCUCCUAGCCCUCAUCUUCUUCCUAAUUCGCCGCAGGCGCAGAACCAAGGACCGUAACUCCCUCCCACCACCCUACCACAUCGCAGCAGGACAAAUGACGGCCGUAUCAACCCAGCAAUUGAUGAAUCCAACCGAGCCAAGGUCAACGACAGCACUGUCCCUGCCGAUCCCGCUAAUCAGCGUGUCCCCCUCGACAGAGAGUCGAGGACGUAGCCCUAGCCAGUCGUUCAUGCGCUAUUCGCACUCGCCAGGUUCUGGGGCUUCGCAGGCUGAGUUGGGUGUUGCGGUAGCUGUUCCUGUUGAUCAUAGGCUGAGUGCUACAGAGAAGCAGUUGGGGAGGGCAUCGAGGCACUUGGCGCGGAUGCCUUUUGAGGAUUUUGAGGAUGAUGAGGUUGGGGUUGGGCCUGUAGCAAGGGGUGUCGAUGAUGAUGCUGUUUCGGAUGUUUCGGAUGGGGAGAGACGUGGGAGGAGGCGCGAGUUUGAUGAGGUUUCGGAUGUGUCGUCCUUUAAUGAUGAGUUGUCGCCGGUUUCGCCGAGAUCGCUGGAGGAAAGGCGGUUUCGGUGA